UUAAGUGGUUCCCAAUUCUUAGAAAAAAUUCCCAACUUAUCCGGAAGUCCAAACCUAAAGAAGUUGAUUCUAAAUGAGUGUAACCGUUUAGUUGAAGUUGAUGAUUCUGUUGGAUUCCUUGAUAAACUUAAUAGAUUAAGUCUUAAUGGGUGCUCUAGGCUUGAGAGAUUUGCGACGAGACUUAGAUUGAGAUCCCUUCGUAGACUUACUCUUUAUGGUUGUACAAGGCUCAAGAGUUUCCCAGAAAUAGAGGCCGAGAUGGAAUCUCUAUAUGAUUUGGACAUAUCAAAAAGUGGCAUAAGAGAAUUGCCUUCAUCAAUUGCAUAUCUUACCGGGCUUAAAUUUUUGUCGGCAAGUUAUUGUGAGAACCUUACAGGUACAUCCUUACAUCACAGUUAUGGGUUGCAACAUCUCUACCGUAUUGAAAUGAUUAGAUGCCCAAAACUGGUGACAUUUGGGAAGUUUUCAACUCGCUUAGACACUUCACAUUACAACGGUAUCCCAUUAGCCAUUUUCAACGCAUGCAAGCUUUAUCUUGUUGAAUGCAAUUUAUCAGAAAGUGAUUUCCUUGUGCCUCUUCAAUAUGAACCAUCCAGUCUUCAUUGCUGGUCCACAUUAAUAGAACUUGGUCUGUCGGGAAACAAUUUUGUUAGUCUUCCGGAAUGCAUUAGCAAAUUUGUCAACUUGGAAAUACUUUGGUUGACUGGUUGCAAGAGGCUUCGGGAAAUUCCACAUGCCCUUCCACCAAAUCUAAGGGAAUUAUAUCUGAAUGAUUGCACAUCAUUGGAGAAAAUUCCAAAGUUGCCCUCGGGGCUUAGGUGUCUGCAGUUGACUAAUUGCUUUGGACUAAGUGGCGAUGAGGUGGCAAAGUUGGAAAAUAAUUUGUUGAACUGGAAUCAGGAAUUUCUUCGGUGCUCUCAAUUGCAAGUUACGUAUCCAGGCGAUGAAAUUCCAAAGCGGUUUAGCUAUACCUCUAAACAUCUAACAGCCACUAGGAUUGAAAGUGUAGGAAAAGGUACAAGGCAACAUGAUUAUGUUGGAGGUGGUGAAUUUAGUUUUGAAAUUUCUCUAAAUUUACAGGAGAGGGAGACGUUAUUAGGAUUGGCUCUAUCUUGUGUUUUUCCACCACAAUUGACUGGAGGGAUUUGUUAUUACUACAAUCUUCGUCUUUACAUCAACGAAGCAAGUGAUUAUCAACAAUUUAGGUGGAUAGUGGAAGGCAAGGAGGCUCAUGUGGGGCUAGUGUUAGUGGAUUUAGAGAACCAGGGAGAAAGCCCAUGUGGGGCUCAUGUUAGUGGAGAUAUUUGUAAAGUUAAAGUUCAAUAUCCCAACUACUCGAGCAUUAAAAGCUGCGGGGUGCAGCCCCUAUUGCGCAAAGGAGAUGAACGGCUUCCCUCGUCUUUGGAACCAACGAGUAGCCUUGGAUCCUCAGAUAUCGUCAAUGAUGAAUAUGAUCGGCAACAACAAUGGCCUUCCUUAUCUUUGAACCCAGCGGAUGAUCAUCCGACACACACACAGAUUGAUCACAAUGUUCCUUCUGAUAUUGAGGAGGAGCAAGAGCAACCGUCCACCAUUUCUGAUUUACUAGGAGUUUGGGCCUAAAGCAGAGCCCUGUUGCCGCCUAGCAAUAGAAAAGUCUUCACCAAAUUGAGUUAGAAGAAUUAGGGUUUUAGAGCUCCAAAGAUCCAAACUUUAUCAGUCUCUCCGAAAGUAAUUAGAGAAAUGGAAACCCAAUCAAAGGACGGAGACUCUCUGGAGAAGCGGCCCGGCAUCUUCUUCCUCGGCUCCCCCGGCGUCGUCGAACGCUCUCUCAUUUCCCAGGCCCUCCCAAUGUAUGAGCAGUUGGCUGCCUUGAUCUUGGUUUUCGACACAACUGAGUUGUCGUCUCUGUCUGCGCUUCAGAAAUGGGUAUCUCAAACUGAUCUUCAAAAGUUCGAUAGACUAGUGUGCAUAGGGAAUAAGGUUGAUCUUGUUCCGGGUCACCCAGUUCAUACCGAAUAUAGAAGACGACUGCAGAAGCUUGGAGACCCAUUUGCUGAUGACGGUCCAGGGUUCACUGCGUAUGGAAUCUCCGAGACUGAAGGAAGCAGUUUAUUGGGGGAUGAUGAGCCAUAUUGGGAGGCUAGGCACACAUGUUUGGAAUGGUGCAAUGAGCAUAACAUUGAGUUUGUUGAAGCUUGUGCUUCAAAUGCUGAUUUUGACAAAUGUAAGGUUUGUCAGUUGAUGGCGACUCGCAAGGUAUUGAAUGACUUUUUGGUGCUCUUUCCGCACAUAUGUGGCCUGGAAUGAUUCUGAAAUCAGGCGAUAAGAUUGCUGAACCGUCAUUACCUGAAAGAGGAACUUGUCAGAUAAAGAAUCUGAUUAUGAAUUUGAGUAUGAAGUCCUCUCUGCAGGUUCAGCUGAUCCAUUUGAUGACACGGAAGAAUGGGUUUCUGCAAAUGGUUUUGCUGGACCUUCAGAUAUGCGAGGACUGGCUGCUCAAAGUAAUCUUGUCCUAGAAUGCAAACAAGAGAAUGGACCCAGUUCUAAUAAGGAGGUUCCCCAUGCCUCGAACUUGACAGCCGCGUUGGAUGAUAGUAUUAGCAAAGGAGUAUCCAGUGCAGAAGAACCUGAACAGGACACAGACCAUGACCAAGCCCCAGAACCGGAUGAGGGUACGAAUUUUGAAUUUGAAGAUUUGGAACAGUUGAUGUCUGAGAUUGGGAACAUGCGCGACAGUUCAAGAUUGCUGCCGGAUUGUCAGAGAAGAGAUAUGGCUGCAAAGCUGGCCAUGAAAAUGGCUACCAUGUUUGGGGGUGGCAGUGAUGGUGAAGUGGAAAGUAUCGGCGAGUAAAGGCCAUGAGUAUCUAAGAGAGAUGUGAGUGUUAUGAGAGUUAUGAAAUAUUCUGUUUCAUUGAAUUUAUGAGGCUUUACAACUGUGUAUAUAUAUAUAUCUGCUAAUCAUAAUUAGCACCUAAUCAAGUAUAACUAAUUACACUA